CUUGAACCUGAUACCAUCUGUAAACAGUAAACACAAGAACUCAUUGAGGCCUCGUUAACUAAAUACUUACCUCGUAGUGAAUGACGUCUCCUUCGUCUAGGCUCGUGCCUUCCGCUGCGGGCCACUCUUCUCCAUCACUAGCAUCCUCCGCAUUGACACUGACACCUGCCUGUACACAAUCCACGCAACCCAACAUCUUAGCCUCGACAAUUACAUCUCUUUCCACUCAUGUCCCUUCCAUGUCGACUCCAGAUCCUGUGGACGGGUCCAGCACCAAUGCCACCAUCAUAAGCCUUACUAAAAAGUUCAGGAAUCUGGGACGACUAGGUCCUUGGGUCAGAACAGGAGACUUUCGAACACCCCCUGAAGAUUCCUACCUUUGCGAUACAUGCCUGCGCCUUGAUCUCAAAAUCGAAUCCUUUUGCGUACAGCCUGGCGACAACGAAUAUGAAAGACAACACAAAUUCCGCUACCUAGGCCGACUCUCUCAAAUACGAAGACGAACCCAUUGCCCUUUCUGUCGACUUGUUCUAGCAAUAGCAGAUCGACCCUCCGACCAACGAACCCCUAGUCUACACGCAGAUGACGAUCCUGUAUGUUAUGCACGAUGGGUGGUGGACGGGCAAGAAGAUAUAGGACCGGACCCGGACAGACCCGGAGAGCAUAUUUUCAGACCCAAAACCCGCCGAUUGCUGAUUUACAGCGACCCUCAAGCCUUUAAAGACGGGUACAUUGUCCUCCUGGCCGAUGAUGCCCCAAGUCGCGAGUUCUUUGGACGCCAAAUCACAUCGCCCGAUCUCCUCGACCCGGAAGUCCUGCGUGAAUGGCUUCACGUCUGUGAAACCACGCAUGGAGAAGAGUGUGAAGAGUCGCUGGUACACCCCGAUUUGCUGGGACAACCCAAAAAUGUCUUUCGGGCAAUCGACGUGGAUAACAUGUGCAUCGCUGCGGUGCCUCAGUCCGCGAGAUACGUUGCGCUGAGUUACCUAUGGGGCAAGAAUUUUAUUCAACUCUUUACAACAUCCAAAAAUCUCCCUAAAUUAUCACAGCCAGGAGCAUUGGAGAGAGAAAAGCUUCCGCGAACAAUCAAAGACACCAUCAAACUGACCAAGAUGCUCGGGGAGAGGUAUUUGUGGACGGACAGUCUAGCUUUAGUGCAUGAUGAUGGCUUCCAGUACCACGAUGACUGGGUCUAUGCUCGUGCUACCGUUACUGUCGUGGCUGGCUCUGGUAAGGACGCCAAUGCAGGUUUACCCGGCGUGAGAAAAGAAUCGAGGACAUUCCACCAGGACAUCGAGGAGGUUAGGCCGGGCUUACGGUUAAUGGUGUCUCACCUUGCUGAAGACUACAUCUCAACCUCACAGUGGGAUUCACGAGCCUGGACCUUCCAGGAACGCAUGUUAUCUCGGCGAUGUCUCUUAUUCGUGAAUGGACGAAUCUACUAUCAAUGUCGACGGACGACUUUUUGCGAGGACAUCGAGAUGCCCAAGAACAAUGGAUGGUCGUUAGACUCGAUCGACAUGCCCACCCGAAUAUUCCGAAUGAAGCCCUUUGUCCAAUUCACCUCGGCGGUGGAAUUGUACACGCGACGAGAACUCACAAAUCCUGCGGAUAUCUUGAAUGCCUUUGAAGGAGUUCAACUUGUUCUCGAGAAACGGAUAGGCGCCAACAUAUAUUACGGUUCUUUGGAGACGAUGAUGAACUCGUCUCUGAUUUGGGAAUCCAACAAGCGGCUGCUUCGCCGUCCAGGAUUCCCAAGCUGGUCUUGGUCAGGCUGGAUGGGAGAGAUCCAGUGGAAGUAUACCGAGCCUGCACUUUCAUGGAUAGAAUGGCAUGCUGAUCAGGCUGAUGGCAUCCAUUCGUUUCCCCAACAAGGAUGCGAGCUGAUACAGCCCCCUAUCGAACGACCAGGCGCUGCUGGGCCAAUGUCUCGCCAUAAUAUGAGCAAGACAUUCCCACUAUUGCACUUCCGCACAAUUACUGCGCAUUUCAGACUUACAUCUCCAGCACUUAUUCACAAAUCGGUGAUUUCGCCGUUGAGAAAGAGGCUCACUGGGCCAAGUGCGCUGUCAACUGUCCGACCAGCGCCAGCCGAUCCAGGUCUUAUUCGAGUGGGUAUUGCAGAUAAACAUGGUUUAUGGUGCGGCACGAUCGAUCUCGACAUGAUAUGGAUGAGCCGAGCUGGGCGACCUUUCGAGUUCCUGGUCAUGUCCAAAGUCAGUCGAUUUACUGACGAUGAACUUGCUUUUUGGGAAGGCACUUUGCCUGAUGAUGUUGAAGAUGUUUUGGCUGGGCGAAACUACGGUGUUUAUAUUGUCCUGUUGGUUUCAAAGAGAGCCGGCAUAUAUUAUCGGGAAGGCCUGGGGCGUAUAAUGGUCGAGGGACUGGACAGAGCUCUCGAUCCAGGGCCCGAAUGGAAGGAUAUAGUCCUUGGUUGACUGGGGUUAACGGGCAAGAUACCCCUCUGGGAGCUGAACCCUGUUAAAAAUGAUACCAAGUGAUGCUAACAUUUGUUGGAGCAUCUAUUUUCAGCAACUCGAGCUGGCCAAGCACUUUGCACGUGUG